GACCCGAGCUAGGGCCAGGUCAGCGCCGGCCCCCCGUGAGGCAAAGCCAGGAGAUCCCCGUUCUGCCAUGGCCUCGCUGCUCGGCGCCUAUCCAUGGACCGAGGGGCUCGAGUGUCCCGCCUUGGAAACUGAGCUGUCGGAUGGGCUUUCGCCGCCGGCUGUCCCCCGACCCUCGGGGGACAAGGGUUCUGAGAGCCGUAUCCGGCGGCCCAUGAAUGCCUUCAUGGUGUGGGCCAAGGACGAGAGGAAACGCCUGGCGGUGCAGAACCCCGACCUCCACAACGCCGAGCUCAGCAAGAUGCUGGGAAAGUCGUGGAAGGCCCUGACACUGUCGCAGAAGAGGCCCUACGUGGACGAGGCAGAGCGGCUGCGCCUGCAGCACAUGCAGGACUACCCCAACUACAAGUACCGGCCCCGCAGGAAGAAGCAGGCCAAGCGCUUGUGCAAGCGCGUCGACCCCGGCUUCCUCCUGAGCUCCCUCUCCCGGGACCAGAACGCGCUGCCCGAGAAGAGCAGCAGUGGCGGCCGAGGGGUGCUGGGGGAGAAGGAAGACAGGGGUGAGUACUCCCCAGGCAGCACCCUGCCUGGACUGAGGGGCUGCUACCACGAGGCCACCACCGGUGCCCCCGGCAGUGUGGACACGUACCCCUAUGGGCUGCCCACGCCGCCGGAGAUGUCGCCCCUGGACGUACUGGAGCCCGAGCAGACCUUCUUCUCCUCCCCCUGCCAGGAGGAGCAUGCCCACCCUCGUCGUCUCCCUCACCUGCCAGGACCCCCUUACUCACCAGAGUUCACCCCGGGUCCCCUCCACUGCAACCACCCCCUAGGCUCCUUGGCCCUCAGCCAGUCCCCGGGAGUCUCUAUGAUGUCCACUGUUCCUGGCUGUCCCCCAUCUCCGGCUUCUUACUACACCCCUGCCACCUACCACCCUCUCCACUCCAACCUCCAGGCCCACCUGGGCCAGCUCUCGCCACCUCCUGAGCACCCUGGCUUCGAUGCCCUGGACCAGCUGAGUCAGGUGGAACUUCUGGGUGACAUGGAUCGCAAUGAAUUCGACCAGUAUUUGAACACUCCUGGCCACCCAGACUCUGCCGUGGGGGCUGGCACCCUCAGCGGACAUGUCCCACUCUCUCAGGGGACCCCCACGGGCCCCACAGAGACCAGCCUCAUCUCUGUCCUGGCAGAUGCCACAGCCACAUACUACAAUAGCUACAGUGUGUCAUAGAGCUGGAGACCCCCCGCGCAUGGCCCAGCCUGGCUGUCCUGUCCCUCCUGCCCUGAGCAGGGCAGAGACUGCAGUGCCACCAACUGUCCUCCUGCCCCCUGGGCGUGUGGCAGGAAGGCCGGAACUGCCACCAGAGCCUUUGCCCUAAAGCCAGGAUGGGCACUGUUGAUCCAGUGUCCCAGCUGUCCCUUCAAAUGGGUUUUGUCAGCUGUACUCCAGGACGGCGGCCCUGGUUGCUGAUUUUCCUUGCUCGUUCUCCCUUGUCCCCGCCACCGCCACCGUAGCCCAUGUUGGGAAGCCCAGCACAUUGGAACUUUCUGAUUUCGAUGUAACCUCCUCUGGUCUGUGGUGCUCCUAGUGAGAAGAACCCAGGGCUGGGAUGGGACCUGGAGUCUGUCUCAGUUCAGCCUCAAACACUGGUUAAAAAACAAAACAAAACAAAAAACAAACCCUGCCUAGUCUGCCUUUUCCUGGCCACCCGCUCUUCCGUAAAGUGAGGGUGGGUGUGAAAGCCAGACAUUUCUGAACAGAUUCCUGGGUGAGGGUCCUCUUCAGGCUAGCCAUGGGAAAGUGGGGGAAUGUCUCAUUAAAGAUCCCAGUCAUGCGGGAAUUUCAUGCGCACCACCUAAGGACACAGCUUUUCUGCUUUCCUGUACUCCCCUCCAGUUACCUUAGAAUUACAAGAAAUCCUCCAGUUUGAGAGAAAAAGAAAAAAAAAAACAAAAAACCAUACACCCAGAUUUGGUAAACUGAUCAAUGUUUGUAUCAUUGAAAGUAAAAUUGAAGCAAAUUGAUUUUAAAUAUUAUUUUUAGACACACUCUUUAUUUAUUUCUGUUACAAACGCCUCACAAAACUUUUUCCUGUGGGAGAGAUGCCCUUGUGAACCUCUUUUGGGCGUGCAGCCUUGCUUGGAUUCUUCUAAAUGUGGCGAUGUUACCACUUCUCUGUGGAAUGACCCAAAGAGCCAGGGACCUCAAAAGACUUUGCCACAAAGCAAUGUCACUUUCUUCAUAUCUGGAUGUGUUGAUUUCCUGGGCAAAAUCGUAGCCUACUUCCCUGUUUGAUGAUGCAAAAAGGGCUUCCUUCGCCUGCCCUUGUCUUUCCCAGGAGCUCUUUCUCUUCCACUUGGCUCUCCCUCCACCCCUAAACUAACUUCACAUUUCAAAGGCACCUGAUGUUAAAUCCCAAGCAUGGUUCCUCUGGCUGUGAGGGGGAUUUGGCCAAUCUGGCCCUUUAAGCACUGUCCUCAGCCAAUACAUGGAUAUAUCAGAACAACCUUCCCGUUGUACUUUCUAUUGAUUAUGUCCCAAGCAGAAACUCACUGUGAUCCAAAGAUGUUUCUGAGCUCUGGCCCCACCGCAGACAUGUCCAUCCUUCCCAAGCCUUAUUUGAAGGAACAACCUAACAGUGAGCUAAGAGACUCGUGUUGUUUGAUGUCUACAUAUUAUUGCGUGUAUGAAAUGUGUGUUUUAUAUAUUCUCCUGUUAUUUUCACCUUCUAUUUUAUAUUGCUGACAGAUCCUUUUCUUCUUCUAAGAAGUCUUAUUAUAAACUCACUUAUAAGAUAUGAUUAAUCUUUGUUAUUACUGUGUAUGCCAUUUGGUAAUAAAUAGUAAAUGGUUGAUGAUAUAAUUGACUGGUGCCCAGUCCCACAAUGUGUAUUAAUAAUCUUGUAAACAGUAUCACAGACAUUAAGCUAAUCUGUUCCAUUUUUCACAGAACCACACAUGCUUGGAACAGUUGUAAAUAUUGAUUUGUUGAAAAUAUUUAAUUUAAAUAAAUGUUUUUGUACCAUGA